CGCUUCCACGGGAGCCUGCGCCUCGCUCAACACCCCGCGGAAGACGCCGGUGUCUGCGGAGACUGCCCCCGCAGCCAAUCGCCGCGCCGUUGCCCCUGGCAACCACGUCCAUCACCGCCCUCGCGUCCAAUGGGCGGCGGCGGGGCGGGGCGGAGUCCAGGUGCGCCCCGGCGUACACUCUGGCAGAGCGCCUGGGAGCCGCCUGUGGGCAGGAGAGGCUCUGUCAAAUGCGAGGUUCCUUCAAUAAGAGCGACCAGUCCGGCUCCGAGAGUCAUGGCGACCGCAGCGUCUAACCACUACAACAUCCUCACCUCCAGCGCAUCCAUCGUGCACUCGGAGCCCGGCAGCAUGCAGCAAGCCACGGCGUACCGGGACGCGCAGAGCCUGUUGCAGGGCGACUACCCGCUGCAGAGCAACAGCCACACGCUCAGCCACGCGCACCAGUGGAUCACGGCGCUGUCCCACGGAGAGGGAGCGCCGUGGUCCACCAGCCCGCUCGGCGCGGAGCAGGACAUCAAACCCGCGGUGCAGGGCGCCCGGGACGAGAUGCACAACUCCAGCGGCAACCUGCAGCACCAGUCGCGGCCGCCGCACCUGGUGCACCAGACGCACGCCAACCACCACGACGGCCGCGCGUGGAGGACCACCACCGCGGCGCACAUACCGAGCAUGGCGACGACGAACGGCCAGAGCCUCAUCUACUCGCAGCCGGGCUUCGGCGUGAACGGGCUGAUCCCGAGCAGCGGGCAGGGGAUGCACCACCACAGCCUGAGGGACAGCCACGACGAGCACCACAGCCCGCACCUCAGCGACCACGGCCACCCGGCGUCGCAGCAUCAGCACCAGCACCGCUCGCAGAGUCACCACGACCACUCGGACGAGGAUACGCCGACCUCGGACGACCUGGAGCAGUUCGCCAAGCAGUUCAAGCAGCGGAGGAUCAAGCUGGGCUUUACGCAGGCGGACGUGGGACUCGCCCUGGGGACCCUGUACGGAAAUGUGUUUUCCCAGACCACCAUAUGCAGGUUUGAGGCCCUGCAGCUCAGCUUCAAGAACAUGUGCAAGCUGAAGCCUCUGUUGAACAAGUGGCUGGAGGAGGCGGACUCCACCUCGGGCAGCCCGACCAGCCUGGACAAAAUCGCCGCGCAGGGGAGGAAAAGGAAAAAACGGACUUCGAUCGAGGUGAGCGUAAAGGGAGCUCUGGAGAGCCAUUUUUUGAAGUGCCCUAAGCCAGCGGCGUCGGAAAUAAUCGGCCUGGCGGACAGUCUGCACCUGGAGAAAGAAGUGGUGAGGGUUUGGUUUUGUAACAGGAGACAGAAGGAGAAACGCAUGACCCCUCCCGGAGGAGCUCUGCCGGGCAGCGAGGAUGUGUACGGGGACACGCCGCCGCACCACGGGGUCCAGACCCCGGUCCAAUGAACUCGGGCCGGACCCGCUCCUCCAGGACUUGUCUAUCCUUUUUAUUUAUCUCCCGAGGUUAUAUAUGAAUCACUGGACUAUCGGAACGAUCUAGUGGGUGUUUUAUGUAUAAUAGAAUGCAGUGGGUGAGUGCACUGCAGUGAACACCCGAGACGUGGGAGCAGGAUGGAGCGAGAGGACAGGACGCUUCUUUCUUUUUCUCCUCUCCCACGAGCUCGAAGGAACAUAAGCCUGCGUUGUGCUCUCCCGAGCAGACACAUGCCCAGCACUGUGACUCCAGUCGACGCAGUUUCGAGGUGUAGCCCCCAUUGUGUAUUGAAAUCAUACUUGACGAAAACAAAAAAAACAAAAAAGAAGAGGGGAGGGGGAAGAGGGCACCUGUUUGUUUUGGGUUUUUUUAAACGAAAAGCAUAGCAUUUUCUUUUGUUUGUUUGUGUCUUUUUUUAUAAAUCAAAUCCAACACACUUUUUUAUUUUCCUGUGCGUAAAAGGAAGAGGCGUCUAUAGUUUCUGGAGCUCUAAAUUGUGCGUCCAAGCAGUGGGUGGGUUGGAUGGAUGGAUGGAUGGAUGGAUGGAUGGAUGAGCGCAGCGGGGUCAGAGGAGCUGCGUUAAUGGAGUUAAAACUGGAGGCCAGCGGAUGGAGGCUGCAGCCCCCCCGGACCAGCGGAGUCCAGCUGAGGGUGAGCAUCGCCCGAGUCCCAUCUGUCAGCCAGCGCGGACACAGAGCGCGCUCUGCAGGGGCUACACCGCCGGGAGGCUGCGCGCCUUCCAGCUCCUAUUUAUUCUGCGAGGAUGUAGUCGUGACCACAUUAUUAUUGUUAUUGUUAUUGUUAUUAUUAUUACUAUUAUUAAUUAUUAUUAUUAUUAUUAUUACAAGCUCACUGGCUGACCUCUCCUGGUCCGAGUGCAGAGAAUAAACGUUUAUGACCUUCAAUCCUAAAUCAAACCGCAUUUAAAAAACAAAAAAUAUUUUUUCAGAAAAACCAGCGUUAAAUAUUAUUAUUUUUCUCGCAGCUCCAGGAAAAAAAAGAGGCUCCGCGGCGAUUGAUUGGAUUAUCUGGCACUUUUCCACACAACAGGAUGGGGCUACUACAACUAUAUAUAUAUAUAUAGAUAUAGAUUUAGAUAUAUAUCUAUAUAUAUACAGUAUAUAGUCAGCAACCUCUCACGGAUUUUUUUGUUUUUGGAAAUCCACUUUUGUAAAUAUUGUAUAACUUUUAAAAGUCAUGGCUUCAUCCCUUUUUUCUUUUUUCUUCACUGGGGCACUUUUUUCCAAAUCGAUGUUUUCAAAAACAAGCAGGCUGAGUUUUAUUUUUUUCAAAAAUCCAGUUGUCAUUCUUAUAGCCUCUACCUAUACCUGCCUUGUAUUUAUGUGCUUUUUUUUAUCCUUUUUAAUUUUAGUUUUUUGCCAAAAUGAUGCUCGUUGCGGUUUUAAUCCUUUUCUGUUUUUUUAUUUCGAGUCUAAAGAUUUUUUUGAUUUUUUUUUUUAUUUCAUCAAUUUUAUUUCGUUGAAUUGUGUGAGAAGUUCUGUUUCGGCCAUAUCUCCUGUGACAUUAUUAGAUUGUUUUUAUAAUCAAAUUGUGGCGCUUUAACGGCUGAAUUCAGAUGAAUCGGUGUAUGUGGAGCACAGAUGAGUCAGAGACAGACAGAAGAAAGAAACUGCGAGGUUACAUCACGAUUAGUGCGUUUGAAAAGAAAUAAAACCAGAAUAAUAAUAACAAUAGUAAUAAUAAUAAUAAUAGUAAUAGAAAUAAUAAUAAUAAUAAUAAUAAUAAUAAUAAUGCCUUUACAUUUCUCCCCAAAAGACAUUUUGGUGACAUUCCAAAAAUUGCAGCAUAUGAUCAAAAUUAUUAUUAUUAUUAUUAUAAUUAUUAUAAUUAUUAUUCAUGCGAUGUUAUCUGUUCUGAUUUGCUCGUCAGCUCGUUGCCACGCGUUUCAUUUCAGCCAUUUUGUUCAUCCUCGUCUG